AUGGAAUCGCGUUCUAUCGCUGCGAUCAAGUAUAUAGAUGCUUCCGAGCUAUUCAAAUGGCUCAAAUCGGGCCAUUCUACGUCUAAUGAGCCUUUCCAGAUCAUCGACGUCCGGGGUAGCGACUACGUAGGUGGACACAUCAAAGGUUCGUGGAACGUCCCGUAUCGUCAGCUUCGUGACGAUGUAGAGAAGUGCCACGAACUGCAGAACCAAUUGAAAAACGCAGCAGGCUCGAGCGUCGUAAAUUGUGUUUUCCACUGUGCAUUGUCUCAGCAGAGGGGUCCCUCUGCUGCAAUGAGAUUUCUGCGCCUGCUGGAAGACGAAGAUUUAUCCAAUUUUAGGAUAUACGUACUGCGUGGCGGGUUCAAUCAUUGGCAGAGUCUCUAUGGCGAAGACCAGAGUGUCACUGAGUCGUAUCAGAAGGACUUAUGGACGUGA